AUGCCCAAAGUUCGUAUCCAGUGGUCUUCAAAUGCUCAACCUCUCCUGGGAGAAGCAGGGAUGCCUAGCGAAUGGUCGAAAAAUGGGAGCCUAAUAAAUAAGCCUCCUAGAGGCUGGCUUCAUCCGGAUUCCCAGGUUGCCGAUGGUGGAGUCAAGUACAGUGUCCGAUAUAUUGGGUGCUUGGAAGUGAAUACAUCUAUGAAAAGUCUUGAUUUUGAUCUUAGAUCUCAAGUUGCAAAGGAAUGUAUUAAUAAAGUUUGUGAAACUGCAGGCUUGAAAACCAUUGACAAGAAAAGAAAAGUUGAUAAGCGUGUGUUGCGAAUGCUGGCAGAAAAGCCGAAUAUGGAUUAUGCUGGUUCAAAUGUUAAUCUAAUAAUUACCAGCUCAUAUAUGAUGCUUUCAGUUAUGGAGUCUGGAGAGGUAUAG